AUGGCCGCAGAAAUGCCCCACGCUGUUGCUACUGGAGGCAAGAAGGUCGAUGCGUCGACAAUCGCCGAGCCUUUCAGCUCUGCCGUGCGCCGAUACAUUGAGCAUGACAUGGCCGGAGUCGGUCCAAAGCUCGUCGGUCUGCUCGCACAUGGCGAUCCGGCCGCGAAGAAGUACGCCGCGUGGACGGGCAAAGCGUGUGCCCGCGACGGCAUUCGCUACGAGUUGCGUGAAGUUCCGAAAGACGAUCUGUUGGCGGCUCUGCAACAAGCCAAUGAGGACCCGGACGUGCACGGGAUUCUAGUGUAUUACCCCUGCUUUGGCACAUUUCCCAGCUUUUUCGGAGGCACGAUGGACGACUUUUUACGCGAUAGCAUUAGUAUUAAAAAAGACGUUGAAGGACUGGGUCAGUUCUAUCGGGGCAAUUUGUACCGGAAUAUUCGCUAUGUGGAUGACGAACAGACGCAAAAGUGCGUCCUGCCCUGUACGCCACUGGCGAUUGUCAAGAUCCUGGAGCAUCUUGGCAUUUACGACAAGACUCGAGAAAACACGGGCAAUCAGCUGGAAGGGGUCAGCGUUACUGUGAUCAAUCGCAGUGACAUUGUUGGUCGACCGCUGGCUGCGCUGCUUGCUAAUGACGGCGCUGACGUCUAUAGCGCCGACAUUGACUCACUCUACUUGUUUCGUCGCGGGAAACUCAUUCCAAGCGAAGAAACACCAGAGACAGCGUGCAAAAAGUCCCGAGUCAUCAUCACUGGCGUGCCGGUCAAGAGCUACAAGCUGCCACUGGAGUGGGUGAGCGAGAACACGGUUGUCAUUAAUGUCGCGUCGUUCAAGAAUGUGGACGAAGCAGGACUGCUGCAAAUCAAGGGUGUGCAGUACGUGCCGCUUGUGGGGAAAGUGACGGUGGCCAUGCUGGAGCGCAACUUACUACGUCUGUAUGAGAACUUCCACUGGAAACCUCGAAAGGUCUGGCAGUGA